AUGUCUUCUCCAUUCCCAAAAACUGCCGAUAAAUUAAAAGGUGUUCAAAUCUUAGGUGCUGUUCCAUCUGAAGCCAGACACAUUCUUAACCCAGAAGCUCUCGCUCUUGUUGCUACUUUACAUCGUUCGUUCGAAGCCACUAGACAAGAAUUGUUGGCUGCCAGAAAGAACCAACAAAGAUUAAGAGAUGAAGGUUACUUGCCAGACUUUUUACCAGAAACCGCCUACAUCAGAGACGACGCAACCUGGACUGGUCCUCCAUUAGCCCCAUGCUUGGAAGACAGACGUGUGGAAAUCACCGGUCCAACCGACCGUAAGAUGGUUAUCAAUGCUUUGAACUCGGGUGUUGCUACUUAUAUGGCUGAUUUUGAAGACUCGUUGGCUCCAACUUGGCACAAUUUGGUUGAUGGUCAAGUCAACCUUUACGAUGCUGUCCGUAGAAAUUUAACCGCUAACAUUAACGGAAAACCAUACGCUUUGAACUUGGACCCAGGAAGACGUAUUCCAACUUUGAUUGUCAGACCAAGAGGAUGGCACUUGACCGAAAAGCACGUUUUGGUUGAUGGUAAACCUGUUUCUGGUGGUAUUUUCGAUUUCGCCAUUUACUUUUACAAUAAUGCCAAGGAAAGUUUGAAUCAAGGCUUUGGUCCUUACUUUUACUUGCCAAAGAUGGAACACCACUUGGAAGCCAAGUUAUGGAAUGAUAUCUUCAACCAUGCCCAAAACUACGUUGGUAUUCCAAGAGGUACCAUUAGAGCUUCUGUUUUGAUUGAAACUUUACCUGCUGCUUUCCAAAUGGAUGAAAUCAUUUACCAAUUGAGAGACCACAUUGCUGGUUUGAACUGUGGUAGAUGGGAUUACAUCUUCUCCUACAUUAAAUCCUUGAGAAACCACCCAGAAUUUAUCUUGCCAGAUAGAUCUCAAGUCAACAUGGCCUCCCCAUUCAUGGCUUCCUACGUUAAGUUAUUAGUUCACACCACCCACAAAAGAAAGGUUCACGCUUUAGGUGGUAUGGCUGCUCAAAUUCCAAUCAAGGAAGACCCAGAAAGAAACAGAAUUGCUUUGGAAAAUGUCGCCAAGGACAAGUUGAGAGAAGUUCAACGUGGGUGUGAUUCCUGUUGGGUUGCCCAUCCAGCUUUGGUUCCUGUUGUUUUGAAGGUUUUCAACGAACACAUGAAGGGUCCAAACCAAAUUGACUUGCCACCAAGAGAACCAUACAAGAAGAUUACCCAACGUGACUUAUUGAGUCCAUUUGUCAAGGAUGCCAAGAUUACCGAACAAGGUAUCAGAACCAACAUUGUCAUUGGUAUUCUCUACAUUGAAGCUUGGUUAAGACACGUUGGUUGUGUUCCUAUAAAUUUCUUGAUGGAAGACGCCGCCACUGCUGAAGUUUCCCGUUCGCAAAUUUACCAAUGGGUCACUCACGGUGCCAAGACUGACGCUGGUAAGACCGUUACCAAGCAAUAUGUCAAGCAAUUGUUGGAAGAAGAAUACGCCAAGUUGGUUAAGAAUGCUAGACCAGGAAACAAGCUUAAGAGAGCUUAUGAAUACUUUGCUCCUGAAGCUCUUGCUGAAAGAUAUUCUGAUUUCCUCACCACAUUGAUUUAUGAUGAAGUUACUACUAUCGGUAGAUCUGUUCCUGCUGAAAGAUUGUAA